AUGACAGCUAAGCUAGUCCUUCCCCUGCUCAGCGUGUUCGCCCUCUACGCCAUCUUCUACUUCGCCGAAAUCAAUGGCUUGAAUCGUCUGGCACAGGAAGCCAUCUCUGCAAAGACACUUCCAGGCACCAAUGAGCCUCUGCGCGCCGUCUAUACGGGUGUUGCGCAGGUGGAUACUGUGCUGGCUGCGUUGACCACCUUUUUCUGGCCUGCCACGGAUGGUAGUAAUCCUACCCUGACGCUGCAUUCCAUCGCCUUCUCCGGCAGCUUUGGUGCUGCCUGGACGCUCGUGACUCUGGAGUCCUGGAGACGCGGAAAUGCCUGGACGAUCGCUGCAUUUCCCACGAUUUUCGGCCUCCUAGCGCAGGUACUCACCUUCGCCUUUGCCACACCCCUGUACUGCGCUUUCCAGCUAUACAGCUCCGCCACCGCGCGCAACCCCAAUGCUGAGAACAUCCGCGUUCCUCGCGCAGUUCUGAAUGCCAUCCCUGUGGUCUUUAUCCUUGGAUUCAUGUUUCCUACGUUGCUGAUGAUCCUGCCUGUUUCGGAGCACGUCACCGUCGACAUGAAGCAGAUCUUUAUUGCCUCCUGGCAUCCCUGGCCUGCAUACGUUGCGAUUUCUCUCACCGUAAUCAACUUUGUCUUCGGUCCCUUUGUGACCAAUGAUCAAUCUGUUGAAGGUGGACGCGCGAAUCUCCGGUCGCUGCGAUUCGUGUAUGCCUUUGCAUUCGCCAACGCUGCCUUGACCCACCUCAUCUCCUGGAUCGUGUCGAUGGCUACUGUACUUGCGCCCGUCAUUUUUGAGAAGCGGCCGUUGGCUGCUUUGCAUCCGUUCAAGGUGUUCGAGAUUGCGUUGCCCUGGACAAAGCCAACAUUGCAGGUGAGCGAUAUCGGGGAGGGUGUACAUGUGUUCCUGCGUUGGGAUUAUCUGAUUGGCUCCGCGGGCGUGCUGGUUUGGACCUUGAGUUUGUACAAGACUGCUCAUCUGGUCGUUUAUGGCAAGGUUGGAUGGCUUAAUCUGCUAAAGAAGACCGUGUUGUUGGUCACUCUGGUCGGGCCGGUGGGGGCUGCAGUCGAGUUGAUGUGGGAGCGCGAUGAGUUGAUUAUUUAUGAGACUGGGGUGAUCAAGAGGGAGACAUCACGAGAGAAAAAGACUUCUUGA